AUGAAUUUAUGUGUAAUAUACACAUGUAUAAUAAUAAUAAUAGUUAAAUUUGUUCAUUGUGGAGAUAAAUAUCCUUAUCAGCCGUCUGAAGGUGAUGAUGGAGAUGAAGAUGAAGAUAAUAAUUUUGAUGUAAUAGUAAGAGAAUUAGAAUCAUUAGUCACUGAAGAUGAUGAAACACCUGGUGAUACAGUAGUUUCUGAUAAUAUUAUUGAACAUGGACUUGGACAUAUUACUGGACAAGGAUAUACACAACCAGGUGAAUAUGUUAAUCUUCAACCUGAACAACCCACACAAUAUUAUCCUGGGUAUAAACCAACACCACCUCAAAGUUUUGAGAAUUAUGAACCAAAAGAUCAAGUAAUACAAAAACCUUCCAUACAUAUUCCUCCUGUAACUCAACCAUUAAGUGGUAACGAAGGACAAAAGGAUGUACCAAUAAUUCCGGAAUUGCCAUUUAUUAGUAUUCUGAAAUACGACCAACAGAAAAACAUAGUUCCAGUGACUGAAAAAGAUAUAUUGCUAGUUAUGAAUAAUUCAACUUUAACGAUGGUAAGACUAAACUGCAAAUGUAAUAAAAUUUAUCACAAUGAGACAAUCGUGUGGGAGCAUAAGUAUGAAUUUAAACAUCCGAUAAUACUAAUAUUCAAAAAACGUCCUCAAAUUUAUAACCUUACUUUUAAAGAUAAAAUUUUAUCAAUGAUUUAUAACGGAGUGAAAUGGAAAAUAAAAAUAUUUUACAUUCCAACUAAUCUUAAAUUUUACAUAAAAAAUUAUAUGGGAAAUUUAGUAAAGGUACAAGAUAAUAAAUACACUGUUGAACUUGUUGGACCUGAUGUAUUCAAGUUCAGAAUUGAAGGAAAUGUAUAUCUAAGUGCUAUUAAAUAUGAUGAUGAAAUUAUCUGGGAAAGAGAACCUAAUACACCCUUUAUAAGAGUAGUAACCCAUUCAGUUAACGAAAAUGUAAUAAGACUUUAUUUACCUCAAAUAAUCAUCGAAACUAAAUAUGAUGAAGACAAAUGGACUCAUAAAAUUAUAUAUAGAAAAUCAAAAUAA